UGAAGUACAGAAAAGGGUUGCUCCGGAUUUCUUUGAAAAAAACAAAAAAAAAAAAAGAAAAGAAAAUGCGAGGCAGGGUGUUUUCUUUUUGUUUCUUUCCCGUUGAAUUGGAACGUCUGGGAGAAAACGGUCAGAAGUGACGAGUCUGAUAACUUCUUUUUAUUUUUGUCUUUUUUUAAUAUUAGGAAUGGUCAGAGUACGCUGCUCUAAGAGCACUGACUGUCCUGUUUUACCAUUAACUUUUAUGAGUUGCCGUAAUGGGAGGAAGUGAUGCGGACAAUUGUGUCUGUGGCGAGGACACUGUCUGUGUAUGUAGAUAUUCACGUUGGUAUAGGUUUUUAAUAAAGCAACGGUAGGUGGGCUCGUCUACUCUAUCCCAGUAAAACUCUCCUCACACUCCAGUAGUGAGUAGACAGUCUGAGUCAGUCUUGCCGGCUGAUAGAAUCCCAUUUACGGGACCAUAUCGCUCCAGAUUCUUGUCUGUUCAAAUCAAAUUUAAUGAUAACACACUCUACUCUUGCUUGUGUUUUAAUUGGGAAUGAUAGUUUUCGAAUAAUUCUUGUCAGUUAGAAAAGAAAAAGGAAAAAUCGAGAGGAUUACGGAAACAUUUUUUUGUACAGACACAUCCCAGUCACUUUGACGUGUGGCCAGCAGUAUGAAGAAAGGGUCUUAACUUAGUUAAAGUAACGCGAAACGCGCAGUUUUUGUCACUCUCUGAGUACUUGAGUUCACCCACGUUUCUAAUCCCAUUAAUGGAAGUCGCAUUAACGUUUAAGCGCAUUAAUUAACGGGAAUUGAACGCGGAAAAGAGAAUGGGACCUAAUACUACGGUGGACGGAAUGCAGAAGUAGGGCAGAGAAGGGGAGAAUGUGAGGUAAUUGUAUUAAACUGAGUGAGAGUGUGAAAGAGUGAGGCGCGAGCUGAGCUAAGCUAGGCUAGUGGGUCGCGAGGAGGGCUCGGUAUCGCGCGGCACGACGACGGUGCUGCCCCGCUCCGCUGCGUGCAGGCAGCCGCGCACACACCCGGCUUCCUUCGCACCUGGCUUCACCCCCGACCCGACACCUCGCAGAGCCCGAGGCGACGCAGCUUGGUGGGAGCGCUCGGGAUGGAGUCCAUGUCCGCUGCUGCUGGGAUCUACAACGGGAGUGUGACUGCCCUCGACUCUGGCUCCAUGGCCGGGGAAGGGGAGAGCUCUGGCGGCGGGCUGCUGUCGGUGUCGCUGGAGCCGGUGGUCGGAGGACUCCUGGCGGACUCUGUGUGUCACCAGCAAGGAUGGCUGCGAGUUUUCGGUGUGAAAGGCCCUCCUACCCAUCGACUGUCCUGUGGCCAGUCCUCCUACUCAGACCCCCACCUAUGGGAGAGGAAGUACUGUCUCCUGACUGACAGCCGACUUAUCCUGCUCAACAAAGAGGAAGAGCCCUGUCCACAGGUACCAAUGGAAGCCAUUCACGGGAGUCCCAAAGAGUCCAAAGGCAGGAGUUUGAGGCGAACUGUCAGUGUGCCAUCGGAAGGGCAAUUCCCAGACUUCCAGCCGGACGGUGCCUCCAAGUUGGAGAUAUCAGCAGAGAGGUCCCCCAGGAGAAGGAGCAUAUCAGGCUUGGGGAGCACGGAAAAGAACAUCUGUGUGGACGGACCCAAUACUUCUCCGUUCAAAGUCCCAGGAUUUUUCAGCAAGCGUUUAAAAGGUUCUAUCAAGAGAACAAGAAGUCAGACCAAACUGGAUCGUAACGCAAGCUUUCGCCUACCUUCGUUGAGAAUUACGGACAAUGACAGGUCUCGGGGUUUGUCAAAACUCAAGGAAUCGCAUUCACAUGAGUCUCUGCUGAGUCCAGCCGGUGCAGUGGAGACACUGGACUUGAGCAUGGAAGAAAACGUGCUAAUCAAGCCUCUGCACAGCAGCAUCCUGGGUCAGGAGUUCUGCUUUGAGGUAACGUACUCUGGUGGCAGCAAGUUUUUCAGCUGCUCCUCAGCAGCUGAGCGAGACAAGUGGAUGGAGAACCUAAAAAGAACCGUCCAACCCAACAAGGACAAUUGCAGACGGGCUGAGAACCUGCUUCGCCUUUGGAUUAUCGAGGCCAAGGAUUUACCUCCCAAAAAGAAGUACUUUUGCGAGUUGUGCCUGGACGACGUGCUUUAUGCCCGGACCACCAGCAAGACCAGAGCUGACAGUCUCUUCUGGGGAGAGCACUUUGAGUUUUACAGCUUACCUCCAAUACGCAGUGUCACUGUCCACAUCUACAAGGACAUGGACAAAAAGAAGAAGAAGGACAAAAAUAACUAUGUGGGCCUGGUCAACAUCCCAGUUGCAAGCAUAUCAGGCAGACAGUUUAUAGAGAAAUGGUAUCCAGUGAGCACCCCUACCACCAGCAAGGGGAAGGUGGGGGGGCCUUCUAUCCGCAUUAAGUCACGUUUCCAGACCAUCUCCAUCCUGCCAAUGGAGCAGUACAAAGAGUUUGCAGAGUUCAUUACCACCAACUACAGUAUGCUGUGCUCUGUGUUGGAGCCAGUGAUUAGUGUGAAGAACAAGGAGGAAAUGGCCUCAGCACUGGUGCACAUUCUGCAGAGCACAGGAAGAGCCAAGGACUUCCUCACUGAUCUGGUGAUGUCUGAGGUAGACCGCUGUGCAGAACAUGAUGUGCUGAUCUUCAGGGAGAACACACUAGCCACCAAAGCAAUCGAGGAAUACCUCAAACUGGUGGGACAGAAAUACCUGCAUGAUGCACUGGGAGAGUUUAUCAAGGCACUGUAUGAGUCUGACGAAAACUGUGAGGUGGAUCCUAGCAAGUGCUCCGGCAGCGACCUCCUAGAGCACCAGAGCAACUUGAAAAUGUGCUGCGAGUUGGCUUUCUGCAAGAUUAUCAACUCCUACUGUGUAUUUCCACGGGAACUGAAGGAGGUCUUUGCAGCAUGGAAACAGCAGUGUGCCUCUCGCGGAAAGCAGGACAUCAGCAAGCGUCUCAUAAGCGCUUCUCUCUUCCUGCGCUUCCUCUGCCCUGCCAUCAUGUCCCCCUCGUUGUUCAACCUCAUGCAAGAGUACCCCGAUGACCGGACCUCCAGGACCCUCACAUUGAUUGCUAAAGUUAUACAGAACCUGGCCAAUUUCACCAAAUUUGGCAACAAAGAGGAGUACAUGGCCUUCAUGAAUGACUUCUUGGAGCAUGAAUGGGCAGGCAUGAAACGAUUCCUGCUUGAGAUCUCCAAUCCAGACACCAUCUCCAACACUCCAGUGUUUGAGGGCUACAUCGAUUUGGGCCGGGAGCUCUCUGUCCUGCACUCCCUCCUCUGGGAGGUUGUCUCUCAGCUGGACAAGGGUGAAAAUUCCUUCCUGCAGGCAACAGUGGCCAAGCUGGGCCCUCUGCCCCGCAUACUGGGUGACAUCGCUCGCUUGCUGUCCAGCCCUACUCCCCUUCUGCAGCAGUUACAUCGAUUCCAGGAGCACAGUUCGUCACAGAACAUCAGCGCCAGUAUCUCCUCCAGUCUCCAAAGGAUAUUUGAAGAGCCAGCCUCCAGUGAGACACGCAUCAAGCCCCCAGCCCAGGAGUACACGGACAACUACUGUCGUGCGAAGCGACCCCUCUUGGUCCAGCAGUCGUCCACACAGAGCAUGAGCUUCUCUGAAAGGGAGGAGCGCGAGAACUCGCUUCACAAUGGCCGUAGCAUCUCCCUCAUGGACUUGCAGGAUUCUCACCUGGUCCAGGACGAGCGGGUCACUCGACACGAAGUCCAUUCCAGACUCGGUCGCAUGGGCUCACAGCUUUCUGUUGGUGACUUGCCCCUCCCGCAUGCCCCUCUUCAGUCCUUCAACUCCAAGCCCCCAGUGCGGGAAAACUUGCCCCAAAGUGCCCCCCAGGUGCGGAGGCCCCUGCACCCUGCUGUCAGCCAGCAUGGAGGCCUCCAGCCACUGUCCUUCCAGAAUCCUGUCUACCAUCUGAUCAACCCACCACCACGGCUCACGCCAUCCCUUCAGCUGGCUUCAAGCUCUGAGAACCUGAGCACAGAGAGCUCACCCAGCCACAGCCACGUGGAAGAGCUGUGUCAAGGGGAGCGGGUGAACAAGGCAAGUGGGCCCUCCAACAGUAGUGUUGAAGAACGUGGUGGGCGCACUGCACAAAGUGAGGAGGGCCCAGCACCGUGCCACAACACACAGCCCCAGCCAGCCUCCACACCUCAACCAAGCGCCCCAGAUACCAGCCCUAUCGUCAGGGGGAUGCAGACUCCCCGCUCCUUACCCCACAGCACCUCCUUUCAGAGUAACAGCAGUAACAAUGAAGCAGCCCAACAAGACGGCUUUUCCCGCCAGCAGUCAUCAUCAUCCAGAGGCAGUCCCAUGCCUGAAGUCAAGGGGGUGUUGAAGCAGCAGAUUGCCCUGAAGGUGCAGUCGCCCGUGGAAUCCGUCACCAUGUCCCCAGUGGAGAGGACAGCUGCGUGGGUGCUGAAUAACGGACAAUAUGAAGAUGAGGAGGAAGAGGAGCAGAGCCAGGACUGCAACAAAUAUGUAGAAAAGUAUGAGCUUGAGAUCGCCAAACUGAAGGACCGCCUGCGAGCAUCCAGUCGCCGACUAGGAGAGUAUGAGCGCCGCCUGCUGGCCCAGGAGCAGCAGAUGCAGAAGCUCCUACAAGAGUACAAAAUGCGCUUGGAGGACAGCGAGGAGAGGCUGCGGCGGCAGCAGGAGGAGAAGGAUGCCCAGAUGAAGAGCAUCAUCUGCAGAUUAAUGGCAGUGGAGGAAGAACUGAAGAGGGACCAUGCAGAGAUGCAAGCAGUAAUAGAUGCUAAGCAGAAGAUUAUUGACGCACAGGAGAAGAGAAUCAGCUCACUGGAUGCUGCCAACUGCCGGCUGAUGAGUGCCCUCACCCAAGUGAAGGAGCGCUACAGCUUGCACAAUUUACGCAAUGGCAUUUCACCCACCAGCCCCACCAAACUGUCCAUUACUGAGAACGGGGAGUUUAAGAACAGCAGCUGCUGACAGCGCUGUUUCCAGUAACGCCACCUGGUGGGCUCACAAUCACUGCAGUUGGUCAUUUGCCCAUUUUCAAGUCUUUCAUGGAAGGUCUGCUCUGAAAUUGUGCACAUCUGUGGUCUAGUAUUGGUCUUGUAUAAAGAUUUAAAAAAAAAACUGUCAAGUAGAGGACAAAUUGUAACUCUGUGCAUUGGGACAAGUGCUUAAAUAUGGUAAUGAGUGCAUAUAUUUGCAGUUUAUACAUGUAUUUUCUUCACUGCAGUGCUAGAAAACAGUUUAAAAUUGAUUUUAAAGUAUUGUGUAAUUUAGAGACAAUAUAGCAGGCGGAUGUACAUAUCGUAAAGUUCUAAGUUGGGAAGGAUUCAUGGAUAAAUAGCUGUGUGUAAUGAAUUACAGUUUUAUGCACUGUUUGGCUGAUCCUUUUUAAUUUUAUUUUUUUAUGUCUUGUAUUCAUUUUGAAAAAAACAGAUGUUUUUAUUAAUUUAAAUGCAACGUGAUCCAGCCAUGAAUAUACAUUUUGUCAUACACAUUAUAUGGCUUCGCUUGCCAGCGGGAUUCCGUGAAAGUAGCUUUCAUCUGAUCCCUAACAUUACAGUUUCACUAAUGUUUUUUUUUUUUUUCCAAGAAUCCUUAAAAUCAAUACAUUUCUAUGUUGCUUCUUCCAUCUGUUUGUGAGAGACUUCAUUUACAGUCCAAAGAGUUGGAUGUGUUCUAAAAAUUAAUUUGUGAUGUUUCUGUUCAAAAAGCAUGAGGUGUGUUGGAGUCUCAAUUCUGAUAUUUGAUGUCACUACAACAAUCAUUUAAUAUAACUAAACUGACACUGUGAUUUAAUAUAAAAAUGUUCAGUAUCAAUCUUUCAUAUAAACAUUCUCUAUUAAGCAUUGCUUCAGGUGGUACAUGUUCAGGUAAAUUUUUUUUAAGGGCAUUAUUAGAAGUUUUGCAAGGCCUUGUUCUGUUUUGACAGCCUUACUAACUACUAGGUAAAUCCUAAUUUGUGCUUUGUUCAACCAGCCAUGAUUGUCAGUGGCAAAUAUGUAGCAUUAUUACUCUUGGAUCACGUCUUGAAGCUUCUGAGAAGGAUGAAUGGAACAGCUCAUUCCUGCUGUAAGCAAGUGUUGGAACUGCCCGUCGUGUACAGGACUUGCCACAUCCACUCUGUUUUAAUGAGCAUGGCCGAACAAGUGAAAUUUAAUCUGAAAUGUUGCACAGAUCAUGUGAUUAUUGUUUGAUAUGUAGGCAUGCAUAGAAAAGAAGAAUAUUUUACAUGUCGUGUUCCAUUCUCUGCAGGAUGAACUUAUUAUGAAAAUUACUGAGUUUGGAAAACAAGUCCUUGGGUUUUGUGUUAAUCUGUGUACACAUAUCAUAAUAUCUUAUGAUUUGUGUACGCUAAAUAGCUUUAGUCUGGCUGUCAGCAAGUUCACCGUCUAUUCAGACAUCGAGUACAGCAAUGUAAAUGUCACUUUCCGUCAUUAAGUACCCUUGUCAGACUGGCAGUGUACGAGACACCUUGUUCAGACAGCUGUGCUGCAGUUGUAUUGCUUCUUUACUUACUUUUCUAGGUGAAGGUAAACAUAUUUUCAUCUCUUUGUUGAAACAUACUUUUAAUUACCUUUCACCAUGUCGAAAGCAAGACGCUCAGCAAAUGUUAAGAGAAACACAUUUUACCGUCACUGGGAAAUUAAAGAGGGGUGCAGUGGUGCAGCAGGUUUGG